UUCUCCAAUGGUCCAAUGGAAAUUAUUUCAAUAAUUUUGUUGUGAGGGAGGAGGGAUGAGGCGACGAGUAGUGAGUGAACAGUGCUAAUUACAAUUACUUAUGUAGAUUAUCAAACCUAGCUCUCUAUUGUUCUCAUAAGUUCACAGGGAAAAUGUAAAAAGUUCGCAACUGACGACGUUUCUCACGGAGAGCGAAGAAAGUUUACGUGAAAGGUCGCACCAGUGUUUGUGAUCGUGUUUCGUGUCUCCGUUCGGUGCGAUCAUCAUUAUCGAACGUGCUGACACUCAACAAACCCGAGUGUUACGCUAUGCUAACGUAAGUCGACCGGAUUAUCGGUAUUUUAUCUGGGCGAUCUCCGCCGUUUGGAAAGCUGAAUCACUUUCUCGCGUUGCGCACCAGCGAUGUCGGGGUUCCAGGCGAGCGACACGAUGCCCAAACUCGGGCACGUGACGGACCUGCGGGAGCAGUGGCUGGUGCGCGCGGACGGCGCGCUGGCGCACCGUCUGCAGGACCGGGAGAUCUCGUCGCACCUCUGCGAGAACCGCUUCCGCAACCAGCAGAUCCGCGAGGACUUCCCCGUGGCGCUCAGCGAGCAGCGCGGCUUCGAGCACGAGGUGCGCCUGCGCGAGCUGGCGCGGCGCCGCCAGGCCGACGUCGACGAGGAGAUCGCGCGGGAAAUGGCCGAGAUCAACCUGCGCCGGCAGCGCCGCCAGCGCUCCGCCGACCUGCUGCAGCAGCCCUGCUCCUCGCGCGCGCCCCCCGCGCCGCCCCACCCCGCAUCCGCCGCGGUCGACCUCGACCCCGAAGAGCUGGGCCUGUCUGUGGCGGAAAUUGAGGAGAUGAGGCGACGGCUGGAGCAGGAAGAAAAGGAUGCGAGAUUAGCGAGGGAACUGAGUCAUGAGGCACAGGGCCACGACGCCUUGUUAGCCGACAUGAGGUGUGCGGUCGAGGCUCAGGACGGGGAGCUGGCCCGGCUGCUGCAGGAGAGGGAGUACAAGAAGCUGCAGCGAGCCAAGGAGAAAGCUCGGCAGAAGGCUCUUCUGAAGAAGCAGCAGCGGCUGGCCCAGCAGCAGCAGGGGCCCUUGCCCCACCCGCCGGAAACUGAGCCCCCCUCCCCGCAGACCACUCUUUGUGAUGCAUACAGCAACCCCCGAGACAUGAUAAGAGAUAACAGGCUCAGAUUAUGUAAAUCGGUUGACUCCGACUUGAACUAUGUUGAGCCUUUUGAAAAGGAGCACAUUCAGUCAAAAGCUAGUGCGUUACAGGCGAAAGAAAUCUCCAGCCAGUAUUACUCCCAACAGCCCAGCUCUUCCACCACCGAAAACGCUUCGCAAUCUCACAACAGAUCUUACGAUUCCGAUUUGCGACCGCCGAAUGUUAGCACACAACACAGGCAACCUCCUCCUCCUCCUACGACUGGGAAGAAGCCUCGCUUCCCAGAUCCAGUUAGUAUCCGACCCGCCUCACACUAUCCCACGGACAAUACUCUACCGGUGGAUGAGAACUCUACAAAUGUGUCAAACAUGUCUCACAGUUACAGUGAGAAUAACAAUCUAUACAGUUCUACGUUCCCCCCAGACCAAGGCAGUACACACCCUGACCUGUCCAACCGUGACAGAGGUUACGACCCUUCUAAAAGGUUGUCCAUCAUAUCCGACAUAACAGCUGAAGGUCUUGCUAAAAAGAAAACAAAGCAAGCUGAAAUGCACAAGAAGAGAAAAGGGUGCAAAAUACAAUGAAUACUUUGAAUCUCAUUUUUGAUACUAUCUGAUUAAUUUGUGAAUCUUUUAUGGUUUUUUAAAGGUUC